AUGGAGCAGGAAAAGACAAAUUUGGAGCUUCAUAGGACUGGUGGUGUUAUUCAAGCUGUAAAGCAUGUCCAACGCUAUGCAGACGCUCUGAGUGAUGGCGCAAUUACAAACCUGGAAUCUGCAUCCAUACCUAUAACGUCAGCGGAAAGAAAAACGACAGCCGAAGAAGCUUCUCCAACCAUCACUUCUCCUCCCAACCUUCGCAGUCACACUCACACUCCCCCUCUAUCUUAUGACGAAGAAUCAGCUGACGUUGCAGAUGCAUCAACUGAGGCCUCUCCAGUAAUUUUUUUUUCGUCAAAUGACCGCUAUGAAUCUGAUGGAGUGAUUACACUUGAGGGCGACAAUAAUCCUUUUAUAGCACAGACAGUGGAAGAUUCAACGAAAUACAAGAUUGUCUUGUCAUGGAGUCACGCGAUUGAUAAAGUUGUCAUAAAUAAUUUCUCUGAAAAUGACUGGGUAACACAAAAUGGACACAACAUCUCUACCGAUUUUCGUAAUUUUCAGUUAAAGUCGAUUGAAAAAUUGAAAACUAAUCCGACUUUAUCAUAUGCGAAAGAAAUUAGUUUGAUAUUGUGCCUAUCGUCAAUUAUGUACUGCAAUGAAUUCAAACCAGAAUACCUUGAAUGUUCCGAAAAGACAUGGAGCGAAGUUCGUCCAAGAUCACUAACUCCGAAGGAGUUGCCAACAGUUGCUGAUCUUGUAAUAAUCGAAUACAGCAGGCUUUUGAGUGACAACAAUUACUCAAUACAAAAUGGCGCAACAACUGGUCAAAAGGGAAUUCAUUAUUAA